AGACUACUUAAGCCAAAGCAAAGUCGGUCAGCUGUUUCGUGUACAAUAUCUGUAGUUAGCGUGUGGCUAUUUUUAAGUUUUCAACAGUCUCCUCCACCGUUUGGUUCUGAAUCGCCAUGGCUAACGGUCACGUGGAAAUCCACGACCCCUUCUCCAACCACAAAGACCUCAGCAGCAGCAAAGACUGUGAGCCUACCUCAGACACAGAAAGCAUGGAGGGCACGACAGAGUUCAGAGUCCUCAUGGCCUACGCCGAAAGGAGACAUUCAUCAAGGCAACCGAAGGAAGUAGAGAAAGACAAUAAACUGGUGGCUCAGGGUGGCUUACCUGGAUCACCUCAGCAGCCAGAGAAGACUGAAAAGGAGGACACUGAAAAGAAAAUAAAGAGGGAGAAGAAAAAGAAAACAAAGAAGGUAUUGAACUGUCUACCGAAGAUUUUAAGCUGCAUCAGCUCUCAGACAAAACCUUCAGAUCUGUCACCCACGACUGAGGAGCCGGAUGUCAAUUUUCGCUGUGGUGAUUCUAAAGAAGACUCUGCGACAAAUCAGGUUAAAGAAAAGGAGAAACUGGAAGAAGCUGUAAGCAGACUGAGUGAAAUCGCAGAUGAAAUCCAGUUCAUCCCUCCAGACGUAGAGACUGACUCACCAGAUGAUGUGGAGAAAGUCAUUGGCCUGCUGCUCAGAGAUGCUGGAGACAACUUGAACGAGCAACAGGAGGAGGAACUGAGAAGAGUUAUGUCAGGGAUAUUUUGGAACUACACUUUCUUUGACAGACUGAUAACGACGCUCCUCACCAGGAUGGGAUUCCUUCCCUCCAGCAGCGACCCACCAGGGGCUCAGACAUCACCAAAAACACAAAUCGCUGUGACCUGUGAGGUCACUAGUCGUCUGUCAGCAGCAGACACACUGCCUGUGAACCGCCUGUUUGGUCUUGGAGCGAGAUACCUGCAGGAACACUACUCCACCUGGGCGCUGCAGCAGGGCGGAUAUGAAGAAGCUUUUUACAGCGAAGGUGAGGAUGAUGAUGAUGAGGAUGAUGGCCAGUAAACGGAGGGGAGUUGUUUUCCAGUUUGAUGUCUCCCCCUUCAGGAGAGUUUAAAAACUGCCAAGGUGCCUUCAACCAGGAUACAAAAAAAGAUAGCUCCUCCAGAUUGACUUGAAGUGGAGCAAUUUAGUGUCAAACCUCGACUUCUUUUUGCCAAAGUCCCUCUUACUGAGGUCUUUUGAGUGCUCAUAGAGGCUCCAUGUUCUCAGGACAGAUUUUUCUCAUUCCCAAAUAAUUUACAUGCUCAUAAAGCACUUUACCAGACAAGCAUUCAGAUAUCAGUAUCUGUGUCCUUUAGUAAAAUAAUUGUAGCAUAGAAAUCUAUUUUUACGCUCUGUUUACAAAAAAGGGCAAAACUUGAAAGUCUUACACAGCUUGGAGGCAAAGAGGAAACUGCACAUGCUACUUGCACAUCACAUGAAUUAAAGGAGCAGUCUGUAAGAUUUAGUGGGGUCUAGUAGUGACUGUAGGUAAGCUUAAUGAGGCCUUAUAACUAAUGAAAGAUGCUCUCUUGCAAACAGAUCUUUCUACGUGUUAUUUAUAAUAAUAUUUUUGAUUUUCUGGGAUAUGUACUCCAAGUGUAACUAAUUUUAAAUGAGCUCAACUUUCUGCUUGUUUGGUUGAAAAAGAACAAAAAAAACACUCUUGCACAUUUUGUACUCACACUUGGCAUUAACAGUGGAUGAAUUGUUUUGGUUUUUUUCAGGAAUGAUUUGUUUUUUAUUUUUCUUUGUGUAAUUUUCUGCAUUUCUUUUCGGGUGUGUGUUUUUCCUACUUUUUUCAAACAAUGUAAAUAUCUAAUUUGCCCGUCAAUGAUGUGUACUAUGAAAACAAAUUUUGUAAAACGUUUACACGUCUGGAAAUAAACCAGUUAUUUUGUUUAAA